AUGGGGUCUGAAGGAGGGGAGAUGAGGGGAUGUGAGGAAGAGAAGGGGGGUGGAGAUGGGUUGAAGCUAGCACAAGGGCUUUCGGCCAUAGUCCCGGUUUUGAUCACACCUCAGGUGAAGAAGGGGAAGAAAUUGUUUGAUAUUGAAAGCACAGAGAGAGUUGAUAAGUUGGAAAUGACAGGUUUUAAACAGAAUAGGAAGUAUCAUCUUAAUAAGUCUUUGGAGAAAUCUAGAAUUAAAAAACGUCAAGACAGCUUUAAUUACUCAUAUAAAUCAAGCUCACCAACAAAGAAGAACAUAUUAGAAAAUUUAAAACUCCCAACUCUCAACCCUACCCCCCAAAACCCCUCAAAAUCCUCAACCACCCAAAACCACUUACCCACUCAUCUCUCUGACCCCCCUUCUCAUCCAAAGCCCAUAAAGGACCCUCGCUAUCUCCGUAUCAAGAAAGACUUCAGAAACCAACUGUCCUUAUCCCUCAAAUCCAAUAAUAGCAAACGAAGCUCAAUGCCUACCUCUAAACAUAAUUCCUUCAUAUGCUCUGCUAUGGAUCCUCAUUUAAUGUCUUUAUUCCCGACUGACGCGAAGGGGAAACCCUACGUAUCGCCUGUCACCAAGAACCCAUUGAGGAUGAAGAGUAGCCAGAAUAAGAACCAUUUAUAG